AUGUUUCUGAAGAAUAUGUUUAAGAAACAAUCUCGAUUUGAGAAGCAUCUAUUCGAGGGUACGAUUUAUGAUAAUUCGGAAACAGUUGAUUUAGAUGAUAUCAAGAAAAUGCUAUAAGGCUAUCCAUCAAAAGAAGAAGAGGAUCAGUUAGUCUAGAGCAUGACGAUUGUUCAAGUGUUCAAGGAAUUCAUACGACUUAUACCAUCGCAAUUAGAAACCCCUAAAAAAUUGAAAGUAUUAUUGACAAUCCAUGUCUUAAUGGGUGAUAUCAAACAUGGCAGAUUGUUUGUGUAAUAAUUCCUUGGAUGGAUUGGAUGGCAACACACAGAUUAGAAGGAUGCUUUGAGUAAGUUCUCUUCUGUGUAGACAAUGAUCAUCCAAAAAUUAGCAUUGAUAAGUGAAAUUAUCCAAAGGAGUAAAUUGAAAUCCAACAUUAAUAUUUUAUUCAAGGAUAUCGAUUCCAAUGUAAUGCAAUUUUAUAAAAUGAUCAAUGCUCUCAAUCUAAUUUUAGGAUAACAAGAAUUUUACGCAUAGGUAUUUUCUACUUAAAGCAGAAUUAUAGUGAUGGAAAUCUAUUUGUUAUUGUGGAAUGACGUUAUUGCACUAUUUUUAAUGUUGGAAAGGUUUGUACGAUAAUUCUUAGAUUGUUAUUAACAAAUGGAUUAACAGUAAUCUAUCCAAGUUUACGAACUAUUCAAUGAAUAUAUCAAACUAACACCACAAGUCAAACGAUUUGCCUAAUUGUGUGUAUUCUUUAAAAAUUGCAAUAUCAAUGAACCUAAGUGGUAUCAACCAACAAAAAAAGAAAUAGAAGAAUUACAAAUUUACUUUCAGAAUGUCAAAAUUUAUCUGACUAGUAGAUCUAAAAGACUGAAACUUGAGAAGUCAAGUCCUCAACCCAAAGGAAGUUGUCAAACAACUGGAAGAGAUCUGAAAAAAUCCUAAUCCCAAUCCUAAAUAAUUCCGAAAGGGGAUUUAAAACAGCAAUAGGAUAAUUAUUUAUCCAAUACUACUAUGGGUUAUGCAAAAAGGAUAUAUUAGGGAAAUAAUGCAUCUUAAGCUAUUUAAUACACAUUUGAGAGUGAUUGCUUAACUGCAGAUGUUAUUAAAUAAUGAAUGAUUAUAUAAUUAUUCCAUUUAAUUUCGUCUAAUCUAAACCUAUCUAUUUAA